CUGCUGCGUAUAGUUGUAGUUGUACUUCUACUUUAAAUAAUCUCUCCACAGUAUUUUAUUUUUAUUUUUAUUUUUAUUUAUUUUUUUGGUGCUUCUCAUUUUUGGAGGAAUUUUCCGCCGGUGGCCGCCGGAAUAUACUGUUCGGAGUCCUUCUGCUCCCCUCCCCGCCGUUUAUGUACUUAACUUUAAAAAUUUUGUGUAGAUCUGAAGCUAAUGUUUGGGGAUCAGGAAAUUCUGUAGUGAUUUGAGUCUGAAUCUUGCAAGUGAUAAUGGCUUCUUUUGGUGGGAGGUUUGGAUUGGUAUCCUGUGUCUGCUGCAUGUAGUUUGCUUCUAGAAUUGGGUUUGAGUUUGGUUUGAAUCUGAAACUUGCAAUGGGAUCCAACAUAGAGGAAGCAGUUAGAGCUAAAGCAUAUGCCGAGAAGCAAUUUGUGGAGAAAAAUUUUGCGGGUGCAAAAAGUUAUGCUUUAAAAGCUCAAAUGCUGUGUCCUGAACUGGAGGGAAUAUCUCAAAUGGUAGCGACAUUUGGGGUCUACAUGGCUUCGGAGGCGAAAAUCAAUGGAGAACCGGAUUUCUAUUCAAUUCUUGGAUUGGACCCAUCUGUGGAUAGAUCCAAAUUAAAGAAGCAGUAUAAGAAGAUGGCAGUGCUGCUACACCCUGAUAAGAACAAAACUGUUGGGGCAGAUGGGGCAUUCCGACUGGUUUCUGAAGCAUGGACACUCUUGUCAGAUGCUGCAAAGAGAAGCUCGUAUGAUCAAAGAAGAAACUUGUUUGCCGGGUACAGUGCUGGAGCCGGUGGUUAUGAAAACUGUUCCAAGUUUUCAUCUUCUCAUGGCAGACUUGAUACAUUCUGGACUGUCUGUACCUCCUGUCAUAUUCAAUACGAAUAUCUCAGAAAAUAUGUUAACAAGCGGCUCUCUUGUAAAAACUGUCGUGGUGUCUUCAUUGCUGUUGAAACUGGGUUAGCCCCAGUUAAUGGUUCUUUCCCAUAUAGCAACUUCUCGUAUGUGCCUGAGAAUGGCUAUGGAGGUCAUGGUUGUGGGAUCACGUAUGUACCAACGACCACCGGAUACUGUCCACCUAGUGGGUCUUCAGGACAUCAUACUGGCUAUAGAUCUGAGUAUGUCUCAAAUAUAUCAUUUCAGGGUAACUCAUCUGGAAAUUCUUCUGGCGUUUUAGAUCCUAAUGGAUUAUCUGCGUCAUCUUUUGUCUUUUAUCAAGCCAAUGGUGAGGCCAAUAAAACCCAAGCUAAUGGAAACAAUCAUUCAGUGAAGGUAACAGGUCAUGUGGGCUCUAACGGGUAUACUGGUCAGAAUGAAGUAUCAAAACCCAGGCGUGGUAGACCUGCCAAGAAGAGAAAAGUUGAACUGGGAGGUUCUUAUGCCAGUGGGCACGAAGAGCUUUCCCAAAACAUUGUUGUAGAACCGAAAAUAGCCAAUGGGAAUGGAACACUAACACCUGCUUCUAAGCUUCCCUCAACAUCUGAGACUUUGACUAGACGCAGUUCAGCUGCUCCCACACUUGAUGGUAGGCAGUUGUUGAUUGAUAAGGCAAGAUCAGAAAUCCAUAGGAAACUGGAGGAGAUGAGAUUGGCCAUGGAAGUAGCAGCCGCAGAGGCUGAGAAGAGUGCAGCUAGUGUUAUUAAACAACCAGAAUUGAAAAGGAACAUUUCUAUGUCAAUAACAGUUCCGGACUCUGACUUCCAUGAUUUUGACAAGGACAGAUCUGAAGAAUGCUUUAAACCAAAGCAGAUAUGGGCUUUAUAUGAUGAAGAAGAUGGUAUGCCUCGCUUGUAUUGUCUAAUUCGCGAUGUCAUCUCGGUGAAGCCGUUUAAGGUUUAUAUAAGCUACUUGAGCUCAAGGUCUGAUAGUGAAUUUGGGUCAGUAAAUUGGUUAGACUGUGGUUUUACCAAAUCUUGUGGAAGCUUUAGAGUGUUCCAUUCUGAAACGGUUGAGCAAGUCAAUAUAUUUUCUCAUCUUCUCAGCAGGGAAAAGGCUGGUAGGGGGGGUUGUGUAAGGAUCUAUCCUAGAAGUGGAGAUAUUUGGGCUGUGUAUCGGAACUGGUCACCAGAUUGGAACAGAACGACCCCAGAUGAAGUAAGGCACCAAUAUGAAAUGGUCGAGGUUCUUCAUGAUUAUUCUGAAGAGAGUGGUGUCUGGGUUGCUCCUCUAAUUAAGCUGGAUGGAUUUAAGACAGUAUACCAAAGGAGCAUAGACAAGGAUGCCACUCGGUGGAUUCCGAGAAGAGAGAUGCUACGAUUUUCACAUCAGGUGCCAUCUUGUUCACUUAAAGUUGAAGGCUCUAACUUGCCUGAGGGUUGCUGGGAUCUUGACCCAGCUGCAACUCCAGAGGAACUUCUUCAAGGAGAGACUGAGCUUCAGAACAAUACAAGUGCCGUUCGGACAAAGAAGACCUCUGAAACUCCAGAAAAGCAGCAUCGACCUGAACCUAGAGCCCAGCCUGAAAAAAUGUCAAUUCAAAGUGAAAUAUGUUCUUCAACUCCAAAAAAGGUUGCAUGUGGAGCGUGUAUGGAAGAGAAAACUGAUCUGGAGCCUCCUCAAGGAGGAGAGAGAAUUCCACCGGAAGUUCGUCAAGAAGAAACUGGAGUGAAAGCUACAGCUGAAUUCCCGAUUACUGAAACAAGCGCAAGUCAAGUUAGUGCGGAAUUCCGAUAGUAUCCCAUAAGCGCAUCAUCACAGCUGAAUACAGGCUUGACAAACUUGAAAGUGCGAACAAAGUCGAAGUUGAGUAUCUAACGUCUUUGCAUUGAGAGACAAAAUGUACAGAUUUAAACACAGCCUUGAUUUCAUUCUCAAAAGAUUAGAUAGUUGGAGGAUUUAAAGUAAUCCUUUGCUCCUAAUGUUUUGGGGAGCUUUAAAUGUAUUCAGCAAUUUGUAUCCAGAAUCUAGAACUGUUGACUCCUGGUUCUAUAGAAAUGCUUUGCAUUUGACUCUGAUA